AUGGAUGGCAGUGUUGAAAAUGUGAACUUUGGAUCAAAUUCUGAUCUGGAUAGCAAAGAUGGAAAUGUGAAUGUUGAAUUGGAUUCUGAGGUGAGUGGAGAAAGAAACUCGGUUCAGAGUUCGAAUUCAGGUGGUUUGGGGAGUAGAGGGACAAGAAUAAAGGAGAAAUUGGAGAGAGAGCUUAGUCCGGUGGCCAUAAAAGUGGAAGAUAUCUCUUAUCAGCAUGCUAGGCUUGCUGGUGUUAGAGGAAGUGAUGGGGAGACACAUUUUAAUGUAAAAGUUGUGUCUAAGGAGUUUGAAGGGAAAAGUUUGGUUAAGAGGCACAGGCUUGUUUAUGGUUUAUUGCAAGAUGAGUUACAGAGUGGACUACACGCAUUGUCCAUUGUGGCAAAGACACCUUCUGAAGUUAAUGGAAGUUGA